UUUGCUACAGCUGGGGCGCAGUCCCUCUCAAUCACAGCUGCAAAUUGAGACCAGAUGCUGGGAGUUGCUCCCUCCAAACUGUGGCCUCCUUCACCAGUUCCCUCUGUUUGCUGCUGGAGAAGGGGAUGCAGAUUCCGGGGGGCUCAGCAGGGACAGGGAGCUGGGAGCAGCUGGGGGCUCAGCCCGGUUUCCUAGCCGGGUCGGAGAAGAGGGGUGAUGGGAGGUGCUGGGGAGGAAGGCCGCAGCGGGGUUGCAGCACCCAGGCUGUUAACUCUGAGCGAGCAGCAGGAAGGAGGGGAAGGGUGGAUAUGGGAGGGAGGGAAUUUGUAGCUGGUCCCUUCUUCAAUCCCAUUCCUCAGCUGGGGCUCUUCAGCCUGCCUGAGGCACACGGGGAAGGCUGGCCUGGCUCCACUCUGGGCCUGGGGCUUGGCUGGGGGUAUCUCCCGCGUCCCGCUGACUGGGAGGAGAUGCAGGAGCUCAUUGCUGGGGUGGAGAAGCUCAUGUUCAAUUUAGAGCGGGAUGUGGAGCACCAGCGAGGGGCCCUGCUCCUGCCCUUCCCAGGCAUGGACAAGUCGGGGGCAUCUGUGUGUGAGUUCUUCCUCCGAGGACUGUGCGCGAAGGGCCUGAUGUGUCCUUUCCGGCACAUCCGCGGUGAGAAGACGGUGGUGUGUAAGCACUGGCUGCGGGGGCUGUGCAAGCGGGGAGACCAGUGCGAGUUCUUGCACGAGUACGACAUGACCAAGAUGCCGGAGUGUUAUUUCUACUCCAAGUUUGGCGAGUGCAGCAAUAGAGAGUGCCCCUUCCUGCACCUUGAUCCAGCGUCCAGAAUUAAAGACUGUCCCUGGUAUGACCGAGGGUUCUGCAAACAGGGUCCUCUGUGUAAAUACAAACACACCAGGAGGGUGAUGUGUGUCAACUACUUAGCUGGCUUCUGCCCCGAAGGACCCAAAUGCAAAUUCAUGCACCCCAAGGGAGACCUGAUGCUGUGUAACUCAGAUGUCUCCCAGGGGCUGCCGCCACCAUCCCAGGCUGCUGACAGCAAGAGCGUUCACGAGCAGCAGGCCCCGCAAGUCCUGUUGCUUUCUCAUCAGCCUGGGGCUAGGGCUGCCCAAUGCCAGAGGGAGGAGGCUGGUGGCUACCCCUAUGGAAUGCUCCGGCCCCUUGGGCAGGUCACAUGCUUCAAGUGUGGAGAUAAGGGUCACUAUGCCAACAAAUGCAGCAAGAGUCGGCUGGGAAUCCAACUGGGGAAAUGAUUUGCAAGUGUUCCGGGAAGAAAUUCCAGAGGAAGAUGCUGUGUUGUGAUAUAGUAUCAACAGGAGGCCAAUCAGGGUAGCUGAUUUCUUUCACUGUACAGCCCAGUCAGCCAUCCUGCUCCAUGCCGUUUUUUUGCAGCUCUUUGCUAAGAGAAGAGGAAGGGGGAAAUGCAGUUGCUCUAAUGUAACUGUAAAUUGGAUAUUUAUUUUCUGACCCCAUGCUGCUGCAUUGGCAGGGGGCUCAGCUCUCAGCCUGGUGUGUCAGACACUGAUAAUCAUGCCAAUACUACAACACGGUUUUUAAAAGGCACAGUAGAACAGUCGGUCUGGAUUCUGGUUAAUAUUCAGGACACUGGUGCAUGCAGGGAUAAGAAAGUGCUUCAGCAGGAGUGAAGCUGAAAGAGUAGCUGGUGGCUUCUAAACUACAGUUCAUCACACUUAGCAGGAUGCCUUGUACUCAAGGCAAAAUCAAAGUUAUUCCCUCUCCGUGUACCUGAGAUGGUCUUCCUUGAAAAUCUCAUGCAACUUUCUGUCAAAGGCUUUUCUAAGAAAUUGAGAAGGAAGCUGACUUUUCUGUAGUUUGGAGUGGCUAGAGUACGGGCUGGGUACCAGA